AUGAUGAUACAGUCCGGUAAACGCGAAGACGAGGGAGGCGGCGGCGAGUCGCGCAGGUCGUCGACGGUCGACGCAGCCGCAGUCGGCCCGCCAGCCCGCCCAUCCGAUGUUUAUCCGGAGGAGGUCGCGGACGCUGCUCGCGGCGCCGGUCGACACCAGACGGUCACUACCACUGCCAGGCUCUCUGCUCUAUGGUUGGCGAGACGUCCGAGCAACUACCAGCACCUCCUCCGCUCACUAGCACCGCAAAACCACUCGGGACCUCCUCACUUCCUCGCAGCACAGUCGCAUCUCGAUAUCUACGUGAGGACGACCAACCUCUCCAUCAACGCACCUGGUCGCGCGCAGUCCCUCUCCCUCCACCACGCUCCGCCCUCGCCAGCGUGCCCGCCUCUCUGGGAUUACAGCGCGGACGGUUCGGAACCAAACAACCCGCCCUUGUCGUCCAGCAAGGACACCGUCGUCAUCGACGAGCGGAACGCAUACCGGCAGCUCCCAGCCAAUCCUCUUACCUCCCGCCACGUCGAACAGCUCGAUAGCGUUGCACCUGCGCGUGUCCCUCUGUCCACGCCCUUUGCUUCGCCCGCGUACGCCCUGCCGCCCCCUCAGUCAUAUGCGCCUCGGCACCCCGCGGCCAAGCUCAUGUAA